GCUAUUCGCUUAGCCACUCUAAACUUUAAUCCUCCUCAUCAUCGACCAAAUGCUAGAAGGGUCAUUGUCAUUAUCGCUUCUGCGUUUGAAAGUGGCCGAUAUAAUGAUCCCAUCGUAGCUGCAAAUACAUUCAAAGAAGAUGGAGGAAUCAUUAUCACCAUUGAAUUUGUGCAAGUUCACGGUGCUCCCGUUCCUUUACUAGAAACUCUUGCCAGUCCCGGUUAUGCGCUUUCGAAUCGUUAUGGCAAACUCCAGGUUUGGGACCUCCAUCGACUCUUCUGCAGAGCCAACUGUUUCUGCCCCGCAAACUAUAAACCGUUCAAGUUAAAGGGUGAUACUCCAUAUGGAGGAUGCUACAAAAUGUCAACACUCCCAUCGAUUCAGAUAGGCUCUAGGCAUUGUGGUCCACCACCUUACUGUAAUGCAAUAGUAGCACCAACACCAAGCAGCCAACAAGUACCUCUGCGAAUCGUCACUAAUUUUGUAAUGUGUUUGAUAGAAGAGGGACGAGGGAGCUGA